AUGCGUCAGGGGUACUGGAAACACUCUAAACUUUUAUUUAUUAUUAUAAAUAUCACUUUACCUGUUUGUGCGAAUCUAAACAGAAGAGAAAGAAGAGGACAGAGACACUCAUGUGCAGAAUCAUUAAAGACAGUGAAAACUGGAAUAUCCUGUCCACAUAAUAAAAUAACCUUGGAACAAAGAGUAAAUGAACUCAAAUGUGCGAAAUUGGAUCAAACCUGCACAGAAAAAACAAACUUUAAAUAUCACUGUGUUCUUAAUGAAUGGGGAAACCGGUCUGUGGAAGUUUGUGCCCCGGAAACUAACAUUAUAGGUGCUGUUUGUGCAGAGUUUAACAAGGGAGGCGAGUUUAUUCAAGAACAUUACAGAAGUGGUGUUAUAUGCACAAGCUGUCCGUUUUUGUAUACGUCGACAGAAGCAUACAAAUACAAGGAGUGUUACAUGAAUAUUUUACUGGAUGAUAUGCAGUCAACAAUCCGGUCAAUUUAUUUCAACGAUAGUGUAACAACCGCUGCACCGACAUCAAAUGCACAAAGGUGA